GGCGGAAGAACGUUGGAGGAUGAUUGGCGGCCGUGCCUGCCUGUGAGGCCAGGGCGUGGGCGGGGCGCGGCUCCGAGCGCGAAAGAUGGCGGGGCAGGACGGUGGCUGCGGCCGCGGCGGCGACUGCUACUCAGAGGACGAGGGCGACAGCAGCGUGUUCAGGGCGGCUGUGGAGGUGUUCGAGAAGCUGAAGGACCUAAACUGCCCCUUCCUCGAUGGUCUGUAUAUCACAGAGCCAAGGACAAUUCAGGAACUGCUGUGCAGCCCCUCGAAGUACCGCUUGGAGAUCCUGGAGUGGAUGUGUACACGGAUCUGCCCCUCGCUGCAGGACAGGCUCAGCUUGCUGAAAGGGGUCCCGACAGAGGUGAAGAUCCAAGAAAUGACAAAGCUGGGCCAUGAGCUGAUGCUGUGUGCGCCAGAUGACCAGGAGCUCCUCAAGGGCUGUGCCUGCGCCCAGAAGCAGCUGUACUUCAUGGACCAGUUGCUCAACGUCAUCCAGAGCCUGACUGUUGGGUGCUCCAGUUGCUCGAGCCUGAUGGAGCACUUCGAGGACACCAGGGAGAAGAACGAGGCCUUGCUGGGGGAGCUCUUCUCCAGCCCCCACUUGCGGUUGCUCCUGAAUCCAGAAUACGACCCGUGGCCCCUGGACAUGCAGCCCCUCCUCCAUAAGCAGAGUGAGGACUGGCAGUGGGCCAGCGCCUCUGCCGAGUCCGAGGAGGAAGAGAAGCUGGCGAAGCUGGCCAGACAGCUGCAGGAAAGUGCUGCCAAGUUGCAGGCGCUUAGAAUGGAGCACGAGCAAGGGGCCGCUAUGGGUGCGGCCGGUGUUAGCACCCUAGACCAGAAGCUGCGUCUUGUCACCUCUGACUUUCACCAGCUCAUCUUGGCUUUCCUCCAAGUCUACGAUGACGAGCUGGGCGAGUGCUGCCAGCGUCCCAGCCCUGACCUCCACCCCUGCGGCCCCAUCGUCCAGGCCACGCACCAGAAUCUGACUUCCUACAGACAACUGCUGCAAGUGAUCGUUGCAGUCGCUGACACGUCUGCGAAAGCUGUGGAGACCGUGAAGAAGCAGCAGGGUGAGCAGAUCUGCUGGGGCAGCAGCAGCUCCGUCAUGAGUCUAGGUUCCCAGGACUAUGCCAGAGCUUUCCAGAGCCUCUGUGGACAUCUGAUUCUCCAGCCCCUCCUCCUGAGCUUGUCUAGUCUCUUGUCGGCCCAGCUGUGGUGCACUGCCUCAGCCAGCUGCAGCUAAAGUAUUUGCUGUCAGUGUUGUCCAUGGCUGUGCCUCCAAGCAGUGGCUUCCGAUCCCCAAAUCCUCCUUUUGGAGACUGUCUUUGGAUGAAACCUCCAGCCGGCUGUCUCCCUGGAGAGCGAGGCUUCUAACUGCUCUUGACCUCAUCACAUAUCUGCCCUGUGUAUACUGGGCACUGAGAAGCCUCUUCUUGCUGAUGGAACUUCAACACAACGCUCCACUUAAAAAUGUAUCAUAGCAUGGAUCCUAAUCACCACUGUUACUACGACUCUCUCUCCACUUUUUAUAAUUGCUGUUAAUAAACUGCUUAUAAUCCAUGCCAUCAUUCCCACAAUACUGAUCAUUGGUACUCUUAACAGUGUGCCGUCUCACCUGUGACUGUGGCACCAUAGGACUGGUGGCAGGUCUUGCCUUGCAGAAGGGCCCCUUAUUGCUUCUGGGUUAAGAUCAGUGUAGUAUCUGUUUUUACCAGAAAUGCACUCUGUACGUCCAGGCUGUGUGAACUGGGCAGUGCACUGUGUACAGGAAAGUGUAUGUUCAGUCUUGAGCCCCAGCUUUCAUCAAUGCAGCAUCCUGAUUUGGCUUGAGAUGAAUUAUUAGGCUCUAGACACACCAGAGAAAGGGUCAGCAUCAAAUCCAUGCCAAAGGCCACUUGGGCUGGUUCUUUACUUGUUCCAUUUCCUCUGUGGCCCCUGAGGGCCCUGGUCUCGCUGGCCCUCCUCCUGCUGUGGAAGGCCUGUGUUUCUGUGCUGUUUCCCCUCCCUGCAGUCUGCAUGCCCGCAGCCAGGCUCUGUUGGAGGCGUGGCAUCAGCUGUGAAGUGAGGAGCGACCAGUGUGCCUGCUGGGCUCAUGCCGGGGUGUGAUCUCGUGUGGGUUGGCAGGGCCUUGGCACUGUGGGUCAGCGCCACACACUGGGAGUCACCGUCUUGAUCUGAUGGGCCUGAAGUCCCAUUUGGCCCCCAGGGGCAAGAAAACAUCAAUGUAUUUAGAGACCAAAGCAAUGCUGUCAGCGCAAGAAUGGGGCAGGAGAGUUGAGGGCACCAACAUUGGAGAGGUGCCAUCGACCCUGGGAGGUAGACAGGGAAAGGGCGGGGAAAGCGGCCGCUGCGAGGACAGCGCAAGGGGCAGUGGGGUGCCGGGGACGGGGCAGUGGAGCAGAUGGAAGCAGAGGGCUCGGGUGAAGCAGGUCUGGAGAGGGCCAGCUGCACAGGGUGGUGACCCCAGUGAGACCCUAGCCUGCUCUUCUCUGAAGAAAAUGAUGGAAAUGAAGAAGCAAACCCAGCUCCCAGCCUCAUGAAGAGCCAGCCCCCACAGAGCCUGAGCGGCUCCGAGUUUCGCUCUUGAUGAGGUUGAUGUGGCUGGCAGCAGCCGGGUGAAGCCUCCCUUUUCCCUUUUCCUGGCCUCUGAGCUGAUCCCUGCCUCGCCUCCAUGGAACUCCUUCAAACUGUCCUCUGGAGAGAGGCCCCAUGGGCAGCAGGCCACUCCACCAUAGCAGAGCAGGGGCAGUGCAGCAGCUACCCAGGUCCGCUCCGUGACGCCGGCGGCUUGAGAAACAGCCCUGUGCAGGAGAGGAGGAAGCCCGGGAUGAGCAGGAAAUCAGCCCCAACGGACUUUGUGACACCACUGAAUUCACUCAGUGCCGACAUGCAGACCUGCCUGGACAGCUGUGAAGACCCAGCAAUGAGGAGACUAGAAGCGAACUGAGGCUGGGAUCUCUAAGAAGAGAGAAAAGAGACAGAAAAAGCAGCGCGGAGAUGAGCGUCGUGCAGGCCCCAGCCAGCCACAGGGUCUCCAGGGCACGGGGUUGGGGAGAUGGAGGGCAGGGCUCUGGAGGAGGCGGCAGGUCCACAGGACAAGCCAGGCGACUACAGGCGCCGAGCACGGACGGCUGGGACCCACCUCCUGCCAUCCAGAGUACGGGGGCCAAGGGCUGGGGCCAAAGCUUCGAGAGAGCCUGUGGCGUCAGAGGAGCAGCCGGGGCCUGUUGGUGAUGCCUGACAAGCACCAAGAGCGAGGGCAGAGCAGGAGGCUGGGGCGGAGGCCACACGAGGGCAGACAGUCUAGAGUGCUGCGCGUUGCGGCAGGGAGCCCCUCAACUGGGAUGCCGCUGGAAGCUGAUGCCAGCGGGCAGGGUCCCGGGAUGCCAUUCCGGGUGGGCUGAGCACAGUCAGUGUCACCCUGAGGCAUACACGUGAUUCCUGAGCUUCAGAGUCAUCCUUGGGAUGGGCAGAGGAUGACAAAUCUAGGCUUCACAGCACUUAAUGUCAAUGCUAAUGACCUCAACAUGUGAAAGGCAAAGCAUAGCUGACAGUGGGGUCACGGAUGGGGAGCAGAUCGGCAGGGCAGUUGAGGGGCUAUGUCCUCCUCCUCUGCCUGCUGGAGCGAGAUGAUGGCCAUGGUCUGGGGUUGGCACCUGAGAGACGGAUGUGGUUUCAGCAGAUAAGGUACAGUGCAGCCACCAUGGUCGCCACUGGUCUGGGGAGCCCAGGCCUGAGGGCUGUCUGUGUGAUGGGGUUUGUUGUUCUGUGUGCAGUGUUAUACAUCUGGUUAAUACUGAGUGUGCCACUGAAGUCAGGAUAGGCUCUGCCUCCUCACUGUGUGCCAUGUGCUGCC